ACAGCCCCGUAAUUGUUUUUUCUGCCGCCCAUUCCUCUCCCUUUUCUUCUUCUUCUCAAAAGGCCAAGAUGCCAUGCAUGCUCAUCGACCCAUCGGCAAAGUACAGGCCAUACGUCCCCCUCAAAAUCGACAACCGACAAUGGCCCACGAAGACGUUCUCUAAGCCCCCCAUCUGGCUUUCGACGGACCUGCGCGAUGGCAACCAGGCCCUCGCGAACCCCAUGACGGGCGAUCAGAAGCUCACGUUCUUCAGGCUCUUGCUGCGAUGCGGGUUCAAGGAAAUCGAGAUCGCGUACCCGGCUGCCAGCGACACGGACUUCAACUUUGUCCGAAGCUUGAUCGAGAACAACGAGAUCCCUGAUGAUGUCUGGAUACAGGUCUUGACCCCCGCACGCGAGGACCUCAUUCGAAGGACAUUCGAGGCGGUCAAAGGUGCAAAAAAUGUCAUCAUCCACAUGUACAACGCGACGUGCCCAAUGUUCCGCAAUGUCGUCUUCAGAAAUGACCAGGCACAGACCGUAAAGCUCGCAGUAACGCACACCCAGCUUGUCAGGGAAUUGGCAGACAAGUACUCGGCAGAGCAUAACAUGAAGAUCCGUUACGAGUACAGCCCCGAGACAUUCUCGCAAACUGAGAUCGAGUUCUCUCUCGAGAUCUGCGAGGCGGUCAAGAAGACAUGGGGCAAGGCAGGAUUGGGCGAUGAGCGCAUCAUCUUCAACCUUCCUGCCACCGUGGAGAUUGCACCACCAAACCAUUACGCCGAUCAGAUCGAGUACUUUGGUACCCACAUUUCCGAACGUGAGAAGGUUGUGAUCAGUCUGCAUCCCCACAACGAUCGAGGCACUGGCAUUGCUGCCGCCGAGCUCGCCUGUCUUGCGGGUGCGGAUCGAGUCGAGGGCUGUCUGUUUGGUAACGGAGAGCGAACCGGAAACGUUGACAUUGUGAACCUUGCCCUCAACCUCUAUACCCAGGGCAUCGCACCCCAGCUCGACUUCAGUGACAUUCAAAGCAUCAUCGAGAUUGUCACGCAAUGCAACGACCUUCCGGUCCACCCACGGCAUCCUUACGGCGGCGAGCUCGUGUUCACCGCCUUCUCAGGCUCACACCAGGACGCGAUCAAGAAGGGCUUCGAGGACCAGAAUAUCCGCCACGAGAAGGCUGCUGCUGCUGGCGAGGCUCAGAUUUGGGACAUGCCAUACUUGCCGAUCGACCCUCUCGACCUCGGCUGCAACUACGAGGCAGUCAUCCGCGUCAACUCGCAGUCGGGCAAGGGCGGUAUCGCAUAUAUCGUCAAACAGAACCUGCACCUCGACUUGCCGCGCAAAAUGCAGAUGGUGUUCUACCAGGUCAUCCAAGAGAUCUCAGACCGCGAGGCCCGCGAGGUCACCGUCGACGAUAUCACCACCGCAUUCAGAAAGACGUAUCACUUUGGUGGUCCGAAGUACGAAGGCCGCCUUGCCCUGCGGAACUUCCGUAUCACGACCGAAGGUUCGGGUGACCUUCCGAAUGGCGUUGGUGGAGACGAAACUCCGCCAGACGAACGUCGUCGCUUCGAUGGGACUGUCGUUGUCGAUGGUGUUCUGCGUGUCAUCCGUGGCGAUGGCAACGGUCCCAUCUCCUCUCUCCUCGAUGCUCUGCGCAAGCACCUAGACAUCCAGCUGAGUCUAAGAGAGUACACGGAGCACACUAUUGGUUUCGACCAGGGCGCCAGGGCUGCUGCAUACAUCGAACUUGUGCCGCUCUCUCCUGAUGUCAAGGACGAGCGCCGUGCCGCUCAAUCAUGGUGGGGCGUUGGCCUCGAUUCCGACAUCGCUGCCGCAGGUCUACGUGCUGUCCUGAGCGCUGCAAACAACGCCAUUGGUGACCGCGCUCUGCCUGAACUCAAGCUCAGCGUCGGGUUCGAUACCUCAAGCGGACAAUCUGAUGUCUCGGAUGCGAUUGUCAACUCGCUGAACCUCACUCUGCCACGGAGGCUGCAGGCAUCAUUCUUUGAGGUCGUGCAGCGCGCAACGCACGCAUCGGGCGGGCAGAUCUCGUAUGAAGACCUAACGAAGCUGUUCCAAACGACCUACGGGUACGAGGUCGCGGAGAAGGCCAGGAUCAGCCUGGAGUCGUUCACCAUUGAGCCUAUUGGCUCGGAUGGCGGCCGUCGGUUUAACGGCAACUUGCUCGUCGACGGCGAGGCACGCAAGGUGGCUGGGGAGGGCAACGGACCCCUAUCAUCUGCGCUAGCGGCACUGCACACGAUGAUUGAGGGUACGCUGUCUAUCCGGGAGUACUCGGAGCACUCGGUUGGAGCUGGCAGCGAGGUGAAGGCUGUGUCCUUUGUUGAGCUAUUGUAUGAGGUGAAUGGGAAGAAGGAGUCGGCGUGGGGGCUGGGCAGCGAUACGGACAUUACAGCAUCGGGUCUACGUGGCGUGAUGAGGUCGGCGAGUAGUCUGCCUGUUGUGCUGAAGGCAGCUUAAAAUGAGCCUGUGGAAGGCUGGUGACUAUUUAGCGAUUUGCUUAGCUGUAUCUAAUAGUAGUAUUAUUUGAAGCAUUGUAUUCUUGCACACCUUUGAUUCUGUAUGUGACGUCAC